AUGAUCAUUUCAUCUAUCUUAUGGCUUAUUGCUCCACCAGUUCAGAAAAGAUCGGUACAAGCUAGAUUUAUCACAAAGAGGCAAGAGGUUGUACAUGAGAAAGUAGAAAACGGAGGAGGGAGGAGAAAGACACUGGACUCUCGGUUUGCAAUCAUGAAAGAGCAGAGAAAGAGAUACCAGAGUAACAAGAAUUACAGCGAUGAAGUGCAAGUUCCGAGGUUGCCACCAUGGGCUAGAGCUAGAAGAUUUCUCCGCUGA